UAUUGUUGUUGUUGUAAUUAUUAUUAUUGUUAUUAUUAUUAUUAUUAUUACUACUCCUGUCUGUCUCCUUCUCAAUCUCGCUCGAUCACUGUAAAAUUAAAAAUCCCUCUUUUCAGUUUCAGUUUCAAAACCCCGCGUGAUUAAGCUCCACUUCCACCACUUCUAUAAACCUCGUCUUUCCAUUGAUUGCAUUAGCAUUAGUCUUUGGAGGCUUAUCUGCUAAGAUGUCCAAUAAUAAUCCACAAUAUCCAGGUUUACAGCCUAUUCGGCCUCCGAUUCCCGGUUCAGUGGAUCCUCAGCGCAAUUUCGGUCCACUCAUGCCUGUUCAAUUUCGCUCUGUUGUUCCCCCUCAACAGCAACAACAGUUUGUUCCCAUGCCUGCUCAACAUUACCACCAACAGUUUAAUGUCGGAAUGCCUCCUCAAAAUCAGCAGCCUCAAUUUUCUCAACCAAUUCAACAGUUUCCCCCGAGAGCUGGUCAACAGUUACCACACCCAUCACAGGUGAUUCCGAUGCCAGUUGUGCGGCCGAACAUGCAGCCAUCAUCCGAAUCAAUGAUGCCACAGCCUGAUUCUCAAGCUCCAAACGGAUACACACCGGGUUUAGGUGGCCCAGGAAAUGGAAUGCCACUUUCCUCAUCGUAUAUGUUUGCACCAUCUUCUUAUGGUCAAGCGCAGCAACCUAAUUUUAUUUCUACUAGCCAGUACCAACCUGUUCCCCAAAUCCAAGCUCCCUCUGGUUCUUCAUCUCAAAGCAUUACUCCUGGCACAUCUCAUCAGAGCAAUGGUGAACAACCAACAGUUGCAACUUUCAUGCAUUCAGCUACAGUUGUUCAGCCACACCUUGCCAAGGUUGGCCCUUCAGAUUGGAUCGAGCAUAAUUCUUCUACUGGAAGAAGAUUUUACUACAAUAAGAGGACUAAAUUAUCUAGCUGGGAGAAGCCUUUUGAAUUGAUGACACCUAUUGAGAGGGUGGACGCAUCAACAAAUUGGAAGGAGUAUUCGAGUCCUGAUGGAAGAAAGUAUUACUACAACAAGAUCACUAAGGAAUCAAAGUGGUUAAUUCCUGAGGAACUGAAGUUGGCCCGUGAGCAAGUUGAAAAGGCAAUGAUCAAUGGAGCACUUCCUGAGGCAGUACUGAAUCCCCGUACUCAACCUUCUGCAACUUCUGUUUCUGAAGCAAUGCCUAGUGCAGAUAAUUCAUCUUUACCUGGUCAAGGUGAACCAUCAAGUCCUGUUCCUGUUGCUCCAGUUGUUACUACAUCCCCAAGUAAUCUGCAGUCUGAGAUAGCUCCCGGAUCAUGUGGCUCUCCUUCUACAAGCGCUGUAACUGGAACAAAAGUGGAUGAACCUGAGGCACCACCCGUAAAUACUAUCAAUCCAUCAGAUGCUAGUGUGGGAAGUGAUAGAGCUAUUGUUUCUGAUAUUAACACUAGUGUAACACCAAUGAAUGACACCAACAACUUUGCAGCUCAAGAUACGGUAGGUUCUGCAGAUGGAGUUCCAGGAGAAGAUAAAGACGAUGGAAAAAUUGAUUCAACAGGGGAGAACGUUAAUGAAGUGGCCUCUGAAACAAAGACAGUUGAGCCAGAAUCCUUAGUUUAUGCGAAUAAGAUGGAAGCUAAAGAUGCAUUCAAAUCACUCUUGGAAUCUGUAAAUGUUGGACCGGACUGGAGUUGGGAUCGGGCUAUGCGAUUAAUAAUUAAUGACAAAAGGUAUGGUGCCUUAAAAUCUCUCGGAGAAAGGAAGCAAGCUUUCAAUGAGUACUUAAGUCAAAGGAAAAAACAGGAAGCAGAAGAAAAGCGUAUGAAGCACAAAAAAGCACGGGAAGACUUUAGAAAAAUGUUGGAAGAGUCCACGGAGUUGACUUCAUCCACAAGAUUCAGCAAAGCAGUAGCUAUUUUUGAAAAUGAUGAACGCUUCAAGGCCGUCGAGCGAGAUAGAGAUCGCAAGGAUAUGUUUGAUAGCUUCUUGGAGGAACUUAUGAACAAGGAACGGGCUAAGGCACUGGAGGAACGGAAGCGAAAUACAGUGGAAUAUAGGAAAUUUUUGGAAUCUUGUGACUUUAUAAAGGCUAAUACGCAGUGGCGAAAAGUUCAAGACCGCUUAGAGGCUGAUGAAAGAUGCUCUCGACUUGAGAAAAUUGAUCGCUUGGAAAUAUUCCAAGAUUAUUUACGUGAUUUAGAGAAGGAAGAGGAAGAGCAGAAGAAGAUACAGAAGGAAGAAUUGAGAAAGACGGAACGUAAAAACCGUGAUGAAUUCCGCAAAUUGAUGGAUGAACAUAUUGCUUCAGGCAUUCUCACAGCAAAAACUCACUGGCGUGAUUAUCAUUUCAAGGUGAAAGAUUUACCAGCCUAUCUAGCAGUGGCGUCAAACACCUCAGGUUCAACUCCAAAAGAAUUGUUUGAAGAUGUUGCUGAAGAGCUAGAGAAACAAUAUGUUGAAGAAAAGAGUCAAAUAAAAGAUGCAGUGAAGUUGGCAAAGAUUACAUUGUUGACAACCUGGACUUUUGAAGACUUCAAAUCAGCUUUAUCAGAACACAUUAGCUCUCCUUCUACAUCUGAUUCCAACUUAAAGUUAGUGUUUGAAGAGCUACUAGAACGUGCUAAGGAGAAGGAGGAGAAGGAAGCUAAGAAGCGUAAACGUCUUGCAGAUGAUUUCUUUCGUCUACUAUUUUCUAUCAAGGACAUUACCGAGUCUUCAAAGUGGGAAGACUCGGAGCCACUUCUUGAAGAUAGCCAAGAGUUCAGAUCUAUUGGAGACGCGAGCCUUUGCAAGCAAAUGUUUGAGGAGUAUGUUGCACAACUGAGAGAGGAGGCAAAGGAGAAUGAGCGGAAACGGAAAGAGGAAAGGGCAAAGAAGGAUAAAGAUAGGGAGGAAAGAGAAAGAAGGAAAUCGAAGCAAAGAAGGGAAAAAGAGGGAGGGCGUGAAAGAUGGAAAGAGGAGACACAUAAGAGGGAUAGAACAGACAGUGACGGUCUGGACUUUAAUGAGAUCCAAACGUCCAAAGAAAACAGAAGGAGUGACGAUGACAACAGAAAACAACGGAAGCAGCAUCAAAGUCCGGAAGAAACUGAUAAAGAGAGGACUAAGAAAUCUCACGGUCACAGUAGCGACCGCAAGAAAUCCAGACGGCAUGGUUCUGGUCACGAAUCUGACGAAGGCCGGCACAAGAGACACAGGAGAGAGCACCGUGAUUCUCAUAGAGAAGGUGAGCUGCUUGAAGAUGGAGAAUUUGGUGGUGAUGUGGUUAUGGAUAGAUGGUAAUCAUCAUGUCUAUUAUAACUUCAGUGAGUACCUUCUGUUUAACUCAAUAUGUACUAAUUUGGAACAAAAUAUAAAUUAUCAAAAUAUAAUUUUUUUCCAGAUAACUUCCUUGUAUUGUGCAAUGUUUUACAUCGAAGAAUUUGGUUACUAGAAAGAAAGGUUAAGUUCUUUCAUGAGGCCAAGUUUGUGGCAACUAACAUUAGUAUAAUACCAUUUUUUAUUUUAAAAUAUA